AUGUCCAGCGUUCCCGCAACCCAGAAGGAGUGGCGCGUCCAGGGCCAGAAUGGCAACGACUCGCUCAUCCUCAAUGAGCAGGCGCCCGUUCCCAAGCUCGGCGACAAGGAUGUCCUUGUAAAGUUCCACGCCGCCUCGCUCAACUACCGCGACCUCAUCAUCCCGCGGGGCAUGUACCCCUUCGCCCUCAAGGAUGGCGUCGUCCCGGCCUCUGACGGCGCCGGCGAGGUCGUUGCCGUGGGCCCGCGCGUGACGCGCUUCAAGCAGGGCGACAAGGUCGCCACGCUCUUCAACCAGGCCCACAUUGCCGGCUCGCUCGACAACGUCUCGGUUGGCACGGGCGUCGGCGGCGUCGUCGACGGCUGCCUGCGCCAGUACGGCGCCUUCGACCAGGAGGGCUUGGUCCACGUCCCCAAGAACCUCAACUGGCUGGAGGCCUCGACCUUGAGCUGCGCCGCCCUGACUGCUUGGAACGGCCUGUACGGUCUCGAGGGCAGGGCUCUGAAGCCGGGCGACUGGGUCAUCACUCAGGGCACCGGCGGUGUGUCCAUGUUUGCGCUGCAGUUCGCCAAAUCCGCCGGCGCCAAGGUCAUCGCGACGACGUCGAGCAAGGAGAAGGCCGACAAGCUCAAGAAGCUGGGCGCCGACCACGUCAUCAACUACAAGGAGGUCGCCAACUGGGGCGAGCAGGCCAAGCAGCUGACGGGCGGCCGCGGCGUCGACUUCGUCAUCGAGGUCGGCGGACCAAAGACCAUGGCCCAGUCCCUCAAGUCGAUCCGCAUCGACGGCAUCAUCGCCAUCAUCGGCUUCGUCGGCGGCCAGCAGCAGGAGCAGCCCACCUUCCUCGACUGCCUCAGCAACCUCUGCACCGUCCGCGGCCUCCUCGUCGGCUCCCGCGCCCAGUUCGACGACAUGAACCGCGCCAUCGAGGCCAACGACAUCCACCCCAUCGUCGACGACCAGGUCUUCUCGCUCGAGCAGACCAAGGAAGCUUACCAGUACAUGUGGGACCAGAAGCACUUUGGCAAGCUUACCAUCAAGAUCGCAUAA